CCUCCUCCUACCUUCUAUUUCGUCAUGCAUCCGCCCAUUUGGCAAAUCGGAAUCCAAACCCUAAAUCCCCAAUUCCAAAUCCAGCACGAUUCAUCCCUCUCUGGCGAAGUCUUUGCUUCUCGAAGAGAGGAUAUCCGAGACACCAAUCCUAAGAAUCUAUUUUCUUGAUUCAUCUGUCCAUGGCGGAUUCGGAAAAUGCCCUUCCAUCAUACUAAAGUCCACUGGCUGUGGUUGACUAGUACACUUCUUUCAUUUGAAGACCGGCUCCAAUGCCUUGUCUCUAGGUGAAGCAAGUUCAGAGUAAUAGUGAAAAUGUGCGGAGCAGGAGCAGAAAGAGGAUCUAGAACCACAAAAACUCCAGCAGAUUUUCUUAAAUCAAUUCAGGGGCGACUGGUUGUUGUUAAACUGAAUUCUGGUGUUGACUAUCGAGGUAUCCUGGCUUGUCUUGAUGGGUAUAUGAAUAUAGCCAUGGAGCAAACGGAGGAAUAUGUCAACGGACAGCUGAAAAACAAGUAUGGUAAUGCUUUUAUUCGUGGAAAUAAUGUUCUCUAUAUCAGAACAACAAAGAUGACAGUAGCAGAUGGAGCAUAGUAUUGUGAUUUUUCAACCCAGGAAGAUCAUCUAAUAUCAUGCCUUUUGCAAUUAUAAUAUUCACUUGUAAAUUACUGUUUGAUGUGCUUAUAUUGAUAGUUCUUCUGAUGUAAGAUUGACAUUUGGGGACUCUAAUUGAAUAUAAC